GGCUAAAAUCAGUUUAGCAACUUAAAAGAGAUCUCUUUAUCCUUCCCCUCCGCUUGGUGUCGCUAAAACCCAAUAUUUGCGUUCCGAUCGGUUUGCGAGCGUAUUUCCGGUUGAGAGUCUGUCCUCUUCCCGAGGUAAACACAUCGCUUGGGUGGUGGUGUGUCUGACAGUUAUAAAUAAUUAACAACUUAUUUUUAAUUUUUUAAAUAAAAUUUUUGCACAUAGUUUAUCGCUAAGAAUGAAGAAGUUUUUCGACGACAUCAAGAAGGAUAUAAAAUUCAAGUCAGCAGGACCAGGAAAGAAACUUACAGAUGACCGCAGCUCUAAACCUCAAGCGCCAAAGGUUCCUCACGGGGCGCCCAGAAAAACGCCCACCGAGGGCGCAGAGAAAGCAGGGGCCGCGGCCCUCGCCAGGAUCGAGCAACAGCACCGGCCAGUGUUGAAAACGUCCCAGGAUGCCAUAAGGAAUCAGGUGAAGCGCGAACUUGAAGCAGAGGCGGCUGCCACGGCUGCCAGCCUGAAGAACACUGAUGUCGAGGGCUCUGGUGUUCCACAGAAGGAUCUGUCUUGUUUCUCAGUGUCGGGAGUUUUCUUUAUCUGUCCUCUCACUGGAAAAACCUUAACAAAGACCGAAAGAGAAAUGCACAUAAAGGAGGCCAUUCUGAUGAGGUUCUCAGAGGAUGCGAUAGAGGCCUCCAUUAUGAUGAUUCACACCUUUAAUAAAGACAAAGAGAAAGUAAAGGCUGCCAUUGAUGUCAUUAGCAAGUACGUCGAAAACAUCUGUAAGAAUCCGACUGAGGAAAAGUACAGGAAGAUCAAACUUGGCAAUAAAGUGUUUCAGGACAAAGUCAGUGGGAUUGAAGGAUCUCGGGAGUAUCUUCAGGCCUUGGGAUUUGAAAGCACCACGCUGCCAGUAGAUGGCGAAGACAGGACUGAGGAGUUCCUGGUGCUGCCGGUGCAGGAAUCGGAGGCUCUGGAGCAGAUGAAGGUUCAUUUGGAGCGGCUGCAGAAGGGCGAGCCGGUCAGAGCCAAGCUGGACCGUCAGAUGCAGGUCUUCAGACCCUCACAGCAUGCCACACACUUCCAGCUUCCCCCAGACUUCUACAAUCUGACCGCGGAGGAACUGAAAAGAGAACAGCAACUGAAGAGUGAAAUCGUGGAGAGAAACACGAUGCUGCGAACCAAAGCCAUGCGUGAAAAAGAUGAGCAGAGGGAGAGAAGAAAGUACAACUACGUGCUUCUGAGAGUGCGGUUACCGGAUGAAAAUAUACUACAGGGCACUUUCCUGGCGUGGGAGAGGGUAGCAGCGUUGUACCAGUUUGUGCGCGAUUCUCUAGAGAACGGCUGGCAACCCUUUGAGCUGAUGGCACCCGGAGGACAAAAACUGAAGGAUGAUGAGGAAUUGGCUCUGAAUGAGUGCAACCUGGCCCCAGCAGCUCUGCUGACCUUCUCAUGGGACGCCGCAGUGCAGGCAGACAUCGCGGCAGCCGGAGGAAAGAAUGCUAUUCUGCUUAAAGCAGCACUGUUAGAGAACAUCAAGACCCUGAGCUGAACAUUUAGUCUUGCUGUGUCUCCCCGGUCACUGCUGUCCCUGCCUGCGCUCUCUCGCCGCUCCUAGUCCACCACCACAAUCCCACACGGUUUCACAGGAUGAGCCCGAUACAUCGAGUGUGUCCACGGCAUGUGCUAGGUAGAUUUAUAUGGUGCUAAACGGUUUUCCUGUCAGUGAUGUUAUGUGGAGUGUUAGCACCAUAUGGGCCAAUUUCCAAACAAUCUGUUCUGUUCUAAUGCAUUGUUGCUUGAGGUAUCAUGACCAGUCAUUAUAUGAUGAUGGAAGAUGCUCAGUUCGGUUGGAAAUGGUCUUUAAGAGGAUCUCUUGUCAUUUAAAGCACUUUUUAGCUACUGCCGAGAGAGAAAUGUCGAUGUACCAUAAAAUCUCAUUGUGACAACAGAAGCACUGUUUGAAAUGUAUCUAACGUGAGCUCUACCAAGUUCUGAUUGUCUUUUGUUUUAUUUCCUGCUUAACAUAAAUGAAACUACGCAUGAAUGUUAUAACGCAACUUAAAUUAGACUAAAAGCUCUGGUCUCCAACAACAAUCUACCUCCCAAUGCAGAUAAAUGUCCACUCAUUUCAUUUAAAAUGUCAGCUAAUUGAAUACACCCAAUGCACGUGACAAAUUUCAUCCAGUUUUUUUUUUUUUUGCACUAGUUGUCCACAAGAUUGCAACACUGGCCCAGCUGUGAAUGUGCAAGAUUUCCACUUCAUUAGCCACUAGAUCUAAACUAGAAGAAUAUCAAUAGAGUAAUAAAGUGCAGUAAACUGUAAAACUGUUGGCGCUACAAACAAGUGUUUAUGGUUAUAAUGAAUUAAAAUGAUAAAUAUCAGUUUGCAAUAUUUAGCAGCA